UUGUCCUCGUGAAUCUGACGUCACGCUGUUUGUCCUCGUCCAUCAGCUGCUAUUAACCGACUAGCGAGAGUCCCAGCCAUCGCCGCAAACAAUCAGCAUCGUUUAUCCCCAGCACUUCGAGCUCCCUCGUCCCUCCCCUCUGCGCUCCAUGGCUUCCGACUUCAAGGCGAUCCCCCUGAUCGAUGUUGGCCCGCUUGUCGAAAAGAUCGAUGAUCCGAAUAUGGCCAACGACGCGGAUUUGCUGGAGGUUGUGCGGAUGCUGGACGACGCUUGUAAGGAGGCCGGAUUCUUCUAUGUGAAAGGCCAUGGUAUUGCUGAGUCGCUAAUGAAGGAAGUCAGGGAUGUGACACGCAAAUUCUUUCACCUUCCUUAUGAGGAGAAAUUAAAGAUUAAGAUGACACCUGAGAGUGGAUAUAGAGGGUAUCAAAGGAUAGGGGAGAAUGUUACCAAGGGUAAACCUGAUAUGCACGAAGCAAUUGAUUGCUACACUCCUAUUAGACCUGGCAAAUAUGGAGAUCUUGCUAAACCAAUGGAGGGAUCUAAUUUAUGGCCAGAAAAUCCAUCAAAUUUUGAAGCACUGCUGGAGAACUACAUCAAUCUAUGCAGAGAUCUUUCAAGAAAGAUCAUGUGUGGUAUAGCCUUGGCAUUGGGAGGGGCAAUUGAUGCGUUUGAAGGAGAAACAGCUGGAGAUCCUUUCUGGGUGCUAAGGUUGAUUGGUUAUCCAGUAGACAUUCCAGAAGAGCAGCGCACUGAUACUGGAUGUGGAGCUCAUACAGAUUACGGACUUCUGACACUGGUUAACCAGGAUGAUGACAUAUGUGCCCUUGAGGUGCAAAACCGCUCUGGUGAGUGGAUAUAUGCAACUCCAAUUCCAGGAACCUUUGUUUGUAACAUUGGUGACAUGCUGAAGGUAUGGUCCAAUGGAAUAUAUCAGCCCACACUUCACAGAGUUGUCAACAACUCCCCUCGUUACCGCAUAUCUGUUGCUUUCUUCUAUGAGUCCAACUUUGACGCUGCCAUAGAGCCUGUUGAGUUCUGCCGGGAGAAAACUGGCGGUGCUGCCAAGUACGAAAAGGUUGUGUACGGGGAACAUUUGGUAAAGAAAGUGCUGACGAACUUUGUCAUGUAAAUUUGCUGGGCUGCAGAUGUGGAAGGAAAAAAAAACUGUAUCGAAAUAUUCAUCAAUAAACAUGUCUGUCCAUUCGUGUCAUUGCAGUGAAUUUAUUGUCUUUCAGUUUUGUUCUGUAAA